CGGGCUCAGUGAGAAACGAACCAUCCUCACCUAAUAAUAGCGGAGCUCCCGCGCGCGCGAAGCGCGCGCAGCGGAGCACCAUGGGUAAGAAAAUUUGGUAAACUAUCCAUCCGAGAAAAUUUGGUUAUGACGUAGAGUACGCCCACCCGUACACACACUUCAUGUAAGCCGAUGUCAAAUGUCACAAUAGAUCUUGCACAACUUGACUAGCCUCUUAGUUAUGUAAGCCAUCCGUAUGAGUACGAUUAGAUUGACAGCUGUCAAAAUCAGACAUCCGCUGACAAUUGUCACAUGACCAUCUCGCGGGCUCAGAUGAAAGACCAGUCGUUUUACCCCUAUAUAUAAGCUGACAUAAUAUGUCACACUUACCAAUUCAACAUAAAAACGAAACUACGCUGGGCAAGGCUGUCGGUUGACUGACAGUCGUUUAAAGUUACAUUGGCAAGCCAAAUUAAGGUCAAUUGACAGCUGUCAAAAUGGGACAUGUGCAGACCACAAUCAGAAAACUAGCAACGUGGGCUCAGGUUCGCUCAGGUACACGAUCUGGCAUUUUCCACUACAUGCCGGACGGAUAUGUCCUACUCACACUUGUAGUCUGUUAAUUCGAAUAUUCGCCAUUCUAAUGAAGGUUAAUUGACAGCUGUCAAACAAGAGUAUACGCUGACCAUCAUCACCUGAGUGGAUGGCGGGCUCAUUUUUCUAUCCAUUGAGGUCACGUAGAGUUUAAAGUUUUGCGCAUAUAUUUUAUUUGAUCACAGGCUCAAUUCGAAGCCCCAUAGCUUUAUAGAAAAUCUGUCCAUCCUAGAAAAUUCGGCAAGCACGUGACCGUACACCGACCACCCGACCUUCCGUCUGUCCGCACCACAGGCAUACCAAUGUUUCUGCUGACCAGUAUCGCCUGACCGUAUCGCGGGGUCAGGUAUAGACCCUCUGAGUUCGAGUAAUUUUUUGAAGGUAUCCGCUGACAAGUUGCUACUUUUCAAAUGAUCGCAGGCUCAAGUUCAAUUUUUUUAAAAUGCAUAUGAAAUAAGUCGUGUUCAUGAGCCGCACUUUUAAAAUGUUGAUUUCGAACUGACCUCGGACACGAAAAUUCAACCGGCUUUUACAUUUAAAUGCAGGGAAGGCAAUCGCUUUUGACUUUUCUCACUGUCACGUGUUCAUCACGCUCUACGUCCAAUUUUUAUGUUCUGAUUGGUCAAAAUUUGACAGGUGAGUUUAUGGGGAAAAUUUAUGCAGCGUCUGGAAACUUGCUUACUGAUAGCUGGAGCUGACAGAGUUUUGUGUCAUCUUGUGAUGUUUUAAACUGUCUUUUUCUACUUGGUGUACAAAAUGAAAUACAGCUGCUAUCAACAUUGUUGAUAAUUCGUGGGUGGUUUGCUUAUUGCGCUUUUUGUUGACAAAUGCACCGCUUGUCAAAGUUAUUGGAAAUCCGAUUUCGGAUGGCAUCGUUUUCAAAAAUGAGCUUGCUCAAUUGAGGCGUAAGAGGGUUGAAAAGUCUCAAGCGAUUCUGGAACACUUGAAGACCUUCAGAAGCAGCAUCUCGACUGGUAAGCCUGAGCAAUUAUUGUCUUUGAUGUGUUUUUUUUUUUUUUUCGGUUUCCUGAAGUCGAGCGUAUGGUUUAUGCGGCUUAAGUUUAUACGCGAGCAAUUAUCUAACCUACAAUAGUAUCAGGUUUAAAAAGCCUUUAGACACUUUUUGACCCGCAAAUUCAAAGAAAAGGUUCCGAAGAUUAUUUAGUUAUGAUUUUGGCAGUAAACAGAAAGCUCUGAUAGAUUUUCUUGCCUCGAGUUCAUCUUGAAAAAGAGAAAACAUCGGGAAGCCGGCUUAAAACAUAAAUAAGCUUAUGCUUACCUGACUGAUGAUUUUCUGAGACACUUUACUCUCAAUACUUCUCUUCGUGAAUGAAAAUUAUUGUCUCUGUACAUGUUUCACCGAAUUAAAUUUAUUUUAUUGAUUGUUAGUAGUCCCUCUCGCAAUUUUUAUCGCUGCACCGGUUUUUUUUUUUUUUAAUUUCCAGUCUAACAUAAACAUCGCAUGCAAGAAUACUCAAAACGUCGCGCGUAAAUAUCACUCGCUUUUAAAGAUUACACAUAAAAAAAUCAUGCACAGUUUAAUGAAUAAAGGGAAGUAAAACCUAAACAUAACAAUUUCUCUAUCAUGUUGAAGCGUGAAUGGUAACUUUUUGACCCGCAAAUUCAAAGAAAAGGUUCCGAAGAUUAUUUAGUUAUGAUUUUGGCAGUAAACAGAAAGCUCUGAUGGAUUUUCCUGCCUCGAGUUCAUCUUGAAAAAGAGAAAACACCGGGAAACCGGCUUAAAACAUAAAUAAGCUUAUGCUUACCUGACUGAUGAUUUUCUGAGACACUUUGCUCUCAAUACUUCUCUUCGUGAAUGAAAAUUAUUGCCUCUGUACAUGUUUCACCGAAUUAAAUUUAUUUCAUUGAUUGUUAGUAGUCCCUCUCGCAAUUUUUAUCGCUGCACCGGUUUUUUUUUUUUUUAAUU